AUGGAGUCGCUUCUUUGUUCAAAUUUUUUAAUUUCAUCAGCUCAUGCAAUAUUCCGGACAACUUAUUCCAUAAAACGAUGUCGGAACAAAUCGGUGGGGAGAAAUUUUCAGUCUUCUCCCCUUGUUGUCCGUUCGAAAAGGUCUAGCUAUCAAGAUUUUCAGGAGUACGCCAAACCGUCACAACUGUUACCAGCUACAGAAGUUAGGGAUUGUAAGGAUGCCUCAGUUGGGAAGAUGGUUUCUUCUUUUGUGUCUGACAAAUCAGUCUCCUUGUUCAAAGUCGAGAUACAGACAAGUAAAAUUUACGGGUCAGGUCUUUGUGACAUGAACUCCUUGAUUUUAUUGUGUUUGAUUGACGAGGAUGGUCGUGCGAUUUUACAAAGAUUACCUGCUACUUCAUUUGGAGCUACUGAUAUCGAUGAUGUUUUGCAUUUUCAAAGAGGCGCUGUUGAUGAAUUUGCUUUUGUGGGGCCCAAUAUUGGGAAAAUUGCAGCCGUUUGGAUCAGCUUGAAUUCAGGUCAAUGGAGAAUAGGUGGCAUAAGUUUGACUGUCAGCUCUCAUAGUCAACCUUCAUAUCUAGAAAAUACCCCCGAAAACAAACCUCUAACCAGUUUACAGUACGAUUUCGAAUGCGAAGACAUCUUGCUUGGCGAGAAAAGUGAUGCUCCUAUGAUGGAAUUCAGACCUCGAUCAAUAACCUCAUUCUCGGACAACGAGUCAACCUUAUUUGAUUCCACGAAUGCACCACCCUCCUUCGAUAGACCCACCGCAGCAUAUGAGCAAAGCAUGAAGGAAUAUUCGUACCUAAAAUUCUCGUUGUUAUUAUACGACACGGUGCUGAUUCUGGCAGGUUCCACAUUUGCGUAUUUCUCGGUUGGUGAAAAUGCUUCGUUCGUGUUCUUGGUGGGUGGACUGUUCGGAUUCUUUUAUCUGUUAUUGCUGCAAAAGUCGGUAGAUGGUAUAUCGGCUCAGGAUUUCGUCCCAGGUGAGGAUAGUGAGAGCUCUGGUCAAGUUUUCGGAAGUUUGAAUCUGAAGGGGCCCAUUUCGAGCCUGGCACUGGCAUUUGCAUUUGCUGUAGCGGCUUUGAAGUAUGGCUUGGGUGAGGGUGCUGUUAGGUUGACCCCAAAAGAUGUUAUAUUUGGGAUGAUGGGAUUUCUCAUGUGUAAGGUGUCGGUGGUGUUGGCUGCGUAUAAGCCGGUGAGCCUUAGUUUACGAGAUAAGAAAUAG